GGCACUUCAAAGAAUCUGUGGGUCAACCUUAUGACCAGCACCACCCCACACACUCACCAACACGUCGCACUUCGCCUCCCACCGCAGUCGCCUUGAUCCCUCGACUCUCCUCAACAACUUACGACUGCUCAACCCACGUGCUCACGGGCCUAAUACGCGAUGGAUUACGACCCAGAAGGCGGCGCAAUCAACGUGCGCUUCCUCCAGGCCGACAACCAACGCGCCAACUUCAUCGUCCAGAAUUUCAAUCUCGAGACCGCAAACUCGCUGCGGCGGGUGAUGCUGGCCGAGAUUCCCACGCUCGCCAUCGACGUCGUAGAAGUCCUCGACAACACCUCGGUCCUUGCCGAUGAAUUCGUAUGCCACCGUCUCGGCCUAGUGCCGCUGUCUUCCCGAGGCGUCGACGAUCUGCUGUACUCGCGGGACUGCGACUGCGAAGGUUAUUGCGAUAACUGCUCCGUGAUACUCACGCUAAAUGCGAAAUGCACGGGCAAUGAGAUCAUGAAGGUUUAUGCGCGCGACCUAGUGAUUGAGAGCAAUAGACCGAAUGAUGAAGUGGGACGGCCGGUUAUCACAGAUGAAGCGGGCACGGGUAGUUGCAUUGUGAAGUUAAGAAGAGGACAGGCGAUACACAUGCGGUGCAUUGCGAAGAAGGGCAUUGCGAAGGAACAUGCGAAGUGGGCGCCUUCUGCAGCCAUAGGGUUCGAGUAUGAUCCGGCCAAUAAGCUACAUCAUCUGGACUACUGGUUUGAGGAGGACCCAGAGAAGGAGUGGCCCAAGGACGAAGAGCGCAUAAAUCUCGACGGUGGUCCUCAGAACCCCGAUGAACCUUUCAACUACAGCGCAGUACCGACCCGCUUCUUCUAUGACGUCGAAACCGUCGGCGGCCUCGAUCCCGACCAAAUCGUCACCAAAGGCAUCAACGUCCUUCAACAAAAGCUCGCUGGCAUCAUUCAUGAGCUCACAGGCGGCGCAGGAGGACCUGACGGUGUAGACUUUGUCGGCGCGCAGAGUCCGACACUAAACGGCGCUGGCUAUGGUGGUGCUGAUGGUGGAUAUACGCCUGCGGGGGGUUAUGGUGGUGCGAGUCAGUGGGGUGGUGCUGCGGCCCAGGGUGGGACGACGCCGUUCGGAGCUACGCCCUAUGGACAACAGAGUUGGUAGGUGAGAUGACGUUGGGAUCUUAUGGAGAUUCAUCGAUUGUAAAAACAUUGCAUGGUUUGGCGUUCAAAAGGAGUGGCGUCACAGAUCGAUACUAGAGCAAUCUCGAACAAAAUGUACGCACCCAGAGCUUGGGUUCCAAAAACACAGGCGUUCGUCACAUUCCAAUUCGAGCAGAAAUCAGGAGGGAUAUGACGCAAGCAGUAUUGCCAUUG